AUGGGCGCAUUGCUCUUGACGAUGCGCCCUGGCUCACGAACGAUAAAAUUCUCCGGCGUGCAUCCGCAGUCGACUCCCAGAUUCACAUCCACCUCCUCAAAAGCUAUCAUCGUCGCAACGACACCCGCGACUUCGAUCGAAAAUAUACCAGCGCCGACAUAUGAUCCGACAGCGACGUUUGAUACAAUUACUCGUAUCCUAUCCUCUGGAAGAGCGUCUCAAAAGACUCUGAACCGCAUCGCAUUGGACCUCAUCACACCAGCUCACCGACUCACGCCCGGCAGACUCCGUCUGGUCCAUUUCCUCUCACCUCCUGCGUCAACGAUCGGCGGUGGCAUAGUCAACUUGGGUCGAGUCUCCUCGGGAGAAGAAUUCAACCUUACGAAAUCCAUGACGGAAGACCUUUACUGGUGGGCGGGCACACUCACCAACGCACGACCAAGGCUCGCGUAUCCUCCCGUCGUUGCACAACCAGUUUGUCCCAAUGUCAUAUACUCCGACGCAAGUGGAAAUGGAGGAGUCGGCGUCGUCGUCGAUAAAACGUGGUUUCAUUGGGAGUGGACCAAGACUCCCUGCGAGAACAUGGUGCUUGGAGAGGCCGUUGCAGUCGAAAUGGCCGUCUCUGUCCUCACGACAAAGUACAAAGUGAGAAACGUGCACAUUCGCCUUCGCUGCGAUAACGACACGGUCAUCGCUGGUUGGAAGAAGCCGGGAGAUCUUUCCAGCACCGACUCGGUCUUUCUGCGACUUCUCCGCGUUCUCCACGAGUCUAAUUGUUGGUUAGAGCUCGAAAAGGUUUCUUCAGCGCAAAAUUUGGCUGAUAAACCGUCAAGGGGCAAACAGCCUGACGGCACCUACACCAAGGGCACUUGGUCAGGCGAGAUAUAG